CCCGAGUCCUGCAGCAAGACCAGGACCGGGACUAAACCAGGAUGGACGGGUUGGAGGAGGGGGAGGUGGAGGGUGAGACUCUCCUCAUGGUGGAGUCAGACUCUGUGGAUCUGUCCCAGGACCAGAGCGGGGACUCUGUGGUCUCUGACGUGGACCAGGACCAGGGACCGGACCAGGAUCCGGACCAAGACCAGGACUUGGACCAGGAGAUGGGCUUCUGCUGCGAGCGCUGCCACAAGUGGAUCACCACAGCUCAUCUCAGAGGAGAUGCCCCGAGUUUCCUCAAAGGCGACAACUUCUUCAAGUUCAUCUGCAGCGAGUGUUCAGACGACGAACGAGAGAGUUUCGAACGGAUGAGGCUCACCUGGCAACAGGUGGUCAUGUUGGCCAUGUAUAACCUGUCUCUGGAGGGCAGCGGGCGUCAGGGGUACUUCAGGUGGAAGGAGGACAUCUGCGCCUUCAUCGGACGCCACUGGACCUUUCUGCUGGGAACCAGGAAGAGGACGUCGACGUGGUGGAGCACGGUGGCGGGCUGCUUGUCCGUCGGGAGCCCGGCCUUCUUCCGGUCGGGAGCGCAGGAGUUCGGAGAGCCUGGAUGGUGGAAGCUGGUCCAUAACCGUCCCCCCACCCUGAGGCCCGAGGCAGACAAGAGCGCCCCCAAGAGCAAAGGUGUGAGGCCAUGUGCUGACCCCACCAUCACAGUGGAGGGCCUGAGGAGGCGCGGGGGCAGCACUCCGGUGGAAAAGGCGAUGCAGCUGAAGGAGAAACGAAGCCGCACUCAGGAGGCCAAAGACAUCCGCCGCGCCCAGAGAGGCCACGCCCCCACCACCCAGAGAGACCAUGCCCCCAAAGCUCCAAAGCCCGCCCCCAAAGCCCCAAAGCCUCCUUCCAAACGCGGCGCCCUGGACAAACCCGAACUCAUGGACCUGUCCUCCAUCAGCUCCUCCGACCGCACGCCCCUCACAAGCCCCUCCCCCUCUCCCAGCCUGCUGUCCGAGGCCGACCUCAUCCCUGACGCCAUGCCUCCACAGGCGUUGUUUCACGACGACGAGGAGCCGGAGCCGGAGUCCGUCAUCGAUCCCGGGAUGGAGUACGUCCCGCCCAGCUCUGCUCUGAUUGGUCGAAAGAAGGCCCGCCCACCUGUCUCUGCGCCGAUCAAACGUGAGGCAGAGAGCGAGGAUGAGGACACGCCCCCCUGCGCUAACGAUGCCAAUGACACUAAUGAGCGCUGCAGACAGACGGCCCCGUCGGAGCUGGCCACUCCGGGGGGUGGGGCUUCAGGCGGCGCACGCUGCCUUCCCAUUGGUCCGUAUGAGGAGCGGCUGUUACUACGGCGACUGGAGGCAUGUCCGUUAGCCUUAGCGGUGACGGCGAGCGCUAAACGUUUGCGCAGGAAGCUGUUAGUGCGACAGGAGAAGAGGAGCAGAGGACUCCCCCUGCUGGACGUGGACCGAGCUGCCAGCACCGCCCUGAGCCUGGUGGGCGGAGUGUACAGUGCACAGGUGGGCGGAGUCUACAGCACACAUGUAGGCGGGGCCACACACAGAGCGACCAAUGGCGAUGCUCAGAUCCUUGACAGAUUCCAGAGCACGGGCUGCAGUCGACACCGCCAGACGCUGAGCUCUGUGUCGUUCUUUCACCGUGUGAUGGGCUCAGACUCCGCCCACAACCAGAGCAUCCGCAGCCCCUACACCGCCCGCCUCCUCAAGCCCUACAUCAGGCGGGACUACGAGAGCCGCCCGCUGAAGCUGCAGUUACUGUCUGAGGUCCGAGCCUUUGGUCAUCGUAAAGACCCGGACUGGAUCCCGGAGCCGGACUCUCCCAUCGACUACUGCUACGUCAGACCGAGCCACAUCCCCACGCUCAACGCUCUGUGCCACGACGCCUUCUGGCCCGGAGUGGACCUGAGCGAGAGCCUGCAGUACCCCGACUUCACAGUGGUGGCGCUGUAUAAGAAGGUGGUGGUGGGGUUCGGGGUCAUGGUCCCAGACGUGAAAUACAACCAGGCGUACAUCUCCUUCCUCCUGGUGCAUCCCGAGUGGCGCCGCGCCGGCAUCGGGACGUUUAUGAUCUACCACCUCAUCCAGACGUGCAUGGGUAAGGACGUCACUCUCCAUGUGUCUGCGUCGAACCCGGCCAUGCUCUUGUAUCAGAAGUUCGGGUUCCGGGCUGAAGAGUACAUCCUGGACUUUUACCAUAAAUACUUCCCUCUGGACAGCCGCGAGUGCCGGCACGCCUUCCUCCUGCGCCUGCGCCGCUGAGCACGCCACUGCGGACGGGACGGGACCUGGACCGGGACCUGGGCCUUGGCCUGGACCUGGACCUGGACUCAACUUUGUGUAGAUCUGAAAUAUUUUUCCUGAUUUCUAAGAUGUUUUCCAAAUGAGAAGUAUUUGAGUUGAAUAAAGUGUUUGAGCAGUA